AUGAUCAGAACUUCACUGCCCAGGGCGUUGCGCGCAUCCAACCGCUGUUUUCACAGCUCAGUACCCGCACACAGAGUUGUCGCGACAAACCCUGUCAGGGCUGAGGAGGUGCAAUCGUGGGCGUCUGGAAAAUACCCUUUGAUUGAACAUGAAUACGACGCCAUUGUUGUAGGAGCCGGAGGUGCGGGUCUGCGCGCUGCGUUUGGUCUUGCUGAGGCUGGUUUCAACACUGCUUGUAUCACCAAGCUCUUCCCUACACGUAGUCACACUGUCGCUGCUCAGGGAGGCAUCAAUGCUGCACUUGGAAAUAUGUCAGAAGAUGACUGGCGGUGGCAUAUGUACGACACGGUCAAGGGUUCAGAUUGGUUGGGCGACCAGGACGCUAUCCACUACAUGUGCCGAGAAGCACCCCACACUGUCAUUGAGCUCGAGCACUACGGUGUACCCUUUUCCCGAACAGAGGAAGGCAAGAUCUAUCAGCGUGCGUUCGGUGGUCAGUCGCUGAAGUUCGGCAAGGGCGGCCAGGCGUACCGCUGCGCUGCGGCCGCCGACCGUACCGGUCACGCGCUUCUGCACACGCUAUACGGCCAGUCCCUCCGGCACAACACCAACUUUUUCAUCGAGUACUUCGCGCUGGACCUGAUCAUGCAGGGUGGCGAGUGUGUUGGCGUUAUCGCGCUGAACAUGGAGGACGGCACUCUGCACCGCUUCCGCUCUCAUAAGACUGUGUUGGCGACAGGCGGGUAUGGGCGUGCGUACUUCAGCUGCACGAGUGCCCACACGUGCACUGGCGAUGGGAACGCCAUGGUCGUGAGAGCUGGUCUUCCUCUCCAGGAUCCGGAGUUUAUUCAGUUCCACCCUACUGGUAUAUACGGAGCAGGAUGUCUGAUAACGGAAGGUUCGCGUGGUGAGGGUGGAUACCUCCUGAACGGAGAGGGUGAGCGCUUCAUGGAACGUUACGCCCCUACUGCGAAAGAUCUUGCAUCUCGUGAUGUCGUCUCGCGUAGCAUGACGAUCGAGAUCCGCGAGGGCCGUGGUGUCGGGCCCGAGAAGGAUCACAUCUACCUGCAACUCAGCCACUUGCCUCCUGAGGUUCUUCAUGAGCGACUCCCGGGUAUCUCGGAGACUGCUGCUAUUUUCACUGGUGUUGAUGUCACCAAGGAGCCCAUCCCGGUGUUGCCCACCGUCCACUACAACAUGGGUGGUAUUCCUACUAAGUAUACUGGUGAGGUCCUUACCAUCGACAAGGAUGGCAAGGACAAGGUUGUCCCGGGUCUAUACGCAGCUGGUGAAGCCGCCUGUGUUUCCGUACAUGGUGCGAACCGUCUCGGUGCCAACUCCCUUCUGGAUAUCGUUGUCUUCGGACGUGCUUGUGCCCACCACAUAAAGGAGACGCUCACGCCUGGCAAGCCCCACAAGGCGAUCCCCGACGAGGCUGGUAUGGAGAGCAUCGAGUUCCUGGACAAGAUCAGGAAAUCGGAUGGUCCUCUUCCUACGGCGAAGAUCCGGUUGGAUAUGCAGAAGGCCAUGCAAGCUGAUGCUGCUGUCUUCCGUACGCAAGAAAGCUUGGACCAUGGUGUCCAGAAGCUUCGUGCCAUUUACAAGAGCUACGACAACGUCGGCAUCAAGGAUCGCAGUAUGAUUUGGAACUCCGAUCUGGUUGAGACCCUAGAGCUCCGCAACAUUCUCCAAAAUGCUGUCCAGGCUAUCAACGCUGCCGCCGCACGCAAGGAGUCUCGCGGUGCGCACGCACGCGAGGACUACCCCGAACGCGACGACGACAACUGGAUGAAGCACACUCUGACGUUCCUGCACGACCCGUCAUCGCCCGACGUCGACAUCAAGUACCGCGCAGUCACGAGCGCUACGCUGGACGAGAACGAGUGCAAGUCCGUGCCGCCGUUCAAGCGGGUGUACUAA